AACAUUUUGAUCUAGUAGGCUACAGUUGUAUAUGUAAUUGUUUCUAUCAAGAACCAUGGGAUUUGAUUACUAUGCUAUUUUGGACAUUCCUAGAAGUGCGUCCGAAAUUGAAAUUCGGCUAGCGUAUCGAAAAUGGGCCGUUCGCUGCCACCCCAAGAAUGAUUUUCAUGAUACUCCAGAAAUACCAUUUCGAUCGAUGUCGUUGCCUCAUUACUGGGAACUACUGAAUGAGGCUUUUGACGUACUUUCAAACCCCCUAAGGAAACGAAUCUACGACCUUUAUGGAGAGGAGGGAUUGAAAACGGGUGUCGUGACUCCAACCGGAUUUGUACAACCGUACAAAUUUUCAAACGAUUGUAUGAAGAUCUAUAAGGAGUUCUUUGCCACCUAUUCACCCUACGGAGAUCUGAUUGAUGCAGUCACAAAUCCCCCGCCUCUUUGCCAGAACGACACCAGCCUCGUCCGUACCAAGGCACCAGACAUCGAGCAAUAUGUCGAUCUCGAGCUGGAAGAGAUCUACCACGGUGCUAUCAAGAAGAUGAAAAUCACACGUGAGGAGUUCGUCGACGAAGUUCAAGUCCAAACAAAGAUGAUAGAGGAAACCAUUACUGUUCCCAUAACGGCAGGAAUUGCUACCGGAGCCAGGAUUCGCUUCGAGGGAGCCGGUAACUGUAGUCCGAAGACUUUUCCGUCGGAUAUUGUAUUCGUGGUGCGAGAGCGGGAACAUGAACGGUUCCAGAGGGAAGGGGCGGAUCUACACAUGGAGGUGCGGAUAAGCCUGAAAGACGCCCUUAUUGGGUUUCCACUGGAAUUCGUUGGCGUUGAUGGUAGGAAACUUGUGAUACAAAUUGUAGACGUUGUCCAUCCAGGUUAUUUGAAAAUCAUAAAAGGUGAAGGAUUGCCAAUACCUGAUUCGGAGAACCAGACUAAGCGAGGCGAUUUGCAUAUAACUUUUUCGAUAUCGUUUCCCAGUUUCAUAUCUAAGAACCUCAGGGAAAAAUUUCGGCAUUUAUUCGACGAGGUUAAUGAAGCCACUAGCAAUAUUGAAUGAAGGAUUGAUCAAUUUAUUCACUACGAAGGAACAUGAGAU